AUCUACAUCAUUUGAUAAUUUUUUUUUUCAUCCUUCCUUUUCUAAAUACACCAUCUAGAACCAUCCACUUCAUCAUGGCCACCAUCACUAAAAAGACGAAAAUGUCCGACUUGAUCCAUUACAGAUUAAGAAUCACAACCAUUGAUAACCGUGGCUUUGUGGGACAACUUUUGGCGUUUGAUAAUCAUUUGAAUUUGGUUUUAUCCGAUACUGAAGAGUUUAGAAUCACCAAGAAAUCCUAUCAAGAGUUGAAAAAGACAAACAAUUCCGAUAGUAUAGUCGAGGAGAAACGUGCAUUGGGCUUGAUCAUCUUGAGAGGUGAACAAGUUGUCACUUUUAGUGUAGAAAGCCCUCCACCAACUGGAAUUAAAGAACGCUUAGGUAAGCUCGAGAAGGGUAAAGGGGUCUCCAGACCAAUCAAACAAGCCACUGGAUCGAGAAAGAUUGGGUUACAAGGACCAGUCAGAACCGGUAAAGGGUUUGUACCACCAAGAAGAUAGAAAAUGCAAAGCAAGGGAAGGAAAAGUUUUCCCUAGACAUAUCAUUCUUCCAGCUGUACCAGGCUAGGCUUGGACUACCUUCAUUGUUCAGGGUAGAUGGGGUCAUAUAUCCCCAUAUCAGGGGACUUUUUAGAAAGAGCAAUGGUCUCAGAGAGCUCAGGAGAACUCUGCUACAUGGUACCUUGAUACUCCACUCUGGCUUCUGCCCCGGGAGAGCCACUGGUAUGGAGCCUCCCCCCCCCCCCUGUAUACUUCAGGAGAACUAGUUAACCAUAUCCUAAACACACUACAACUAUCUCCACAUUCAGUCUCACUCAGGGGAUACCCAUAGAGUCUCGAAUCUUGAGUCUUUUUCAGGAGCUCCACUAUUACUAAUGCCAGUGUUAUUACCAAUGCCACUAUCCCACCGCAUCGAUCUAAUAUCUCCCACUCUUCUAUAUAAUAUCUCCUACUCCUAUUCUUUAUAUCUACAUAUA